GAGAGCUUUCAGACAGCAGGACGUGGUGGUGGUCUGGGUCUGGGUCUGGGUCCUGUCUCCUCCUGAGCUCCGAGAGGCCUUCCUGGGUCAGGUGAUCUUCCCUGUGGACACACACUGACCUUUCAUGACGUCUGCGGGUGUUCGGACAGUUUCCCGUGUGUAGUAACGGAGGGGGGAGGCGCGGAGCGCCCGGCUCGCAGGUUCCUUUCUUCCGGUCUUCCUUUGUUCUCCGGGUGUUUGUCUUCCGGUCUUCCUUUGUUCUCCGGGUGUUUGUCUUCCGGUCUUCCUUUGUUCUCCGGGUGUUUGUCUUCCGGUCUUCCUUUGUUCUCCGGGUGGUUUGUCUUCCGGUCUUCCUUUGUUCUCCGGGUGGUUUGUCUUCCGGUCUUCCGGUCUUCCUUUCUUCUCCGGGUGUUUGUCCUCCACAUGAGAUGCGGCCAUCCCAGUCCUCGGUCGUGCGCUGCGGCGCUCUGCUCCUCCUGUCGGCCUGCUGGCUGCACCCCGCGCGGGCGGCGCUGCGGGACUUCGUGCUGGACAUGGAGGACGCGGUGGGCGGAGGCGCCGCCCUGCUCCGCUCGCCCGCCGCCGGCACGCAGGGGGCGUGCAGGAGCGCCUGCCUCCGGGAGCCGCGGUGUAACGUGGCCGUGAUGGAGAGGAGCGGCGAGGAAGAGUCCGUGACGAGCUGCGCCCUCUUCACCUGUCUCUACAGAGGCAGGUUCGUGUGCAGGUUCGUGAGGAAGACGGGCUUCACCAGCUACGUCCGCACCUCCACCUAUAAGACCUACCUGGAGGCCCCGCACGGCGUGUCCGGCGAGCAGCCGCCGUUUGCUCACGCUGGCAGAGACGUGGUGGUUCAGCCUGGCCAGCAGGUGGCGCUGAAUGGCAUUGAGAGCCAGGCCCGCGGAGAAGCCCACAUCACCCACUACCAAUGGAGCCUGCUGGAGGGGAACUCUACUGUGGUGCUGGAGACAUCGGAGCUAGCUGACCAGCUUCUGGUCUCUAACCUGCAGCCCGGGGACUACAUCUUCCAGCUGAGCGUCACCGACUCCAACGGCCAAUCAGACACGGCGAAUGUGAGCGUCCUCGUCCUCAGCCCGGAGCAGUCCCACCUCCACUGUGUGGUGCCUCGGAAGGUGGGGGUGUGUCGCGGUGCGUUUCCUCGUUGGUUCUUCAACACUGCGUCUGCUUCCUGUGAGAAGUUCAUGUUUGGAGGCUGCAAAGGAAACAGCAACAACUACCUGUCCAGGGGAGAGUGUGCCGACGCCUGUGAGGGGGUGACAGCUUCCUCUGAGAGACGCAUUACUUUACCUGCCCAAGCAGCUGAGCAGUGCGGCACCCCCUGUGGUCGAGGUCAAUUUGUGUGCCGUAGUGGUUGCUGUCUUGAGAAAGGUCUGGAAUGUGAUGACAUCCUACAAUGUAAAGACAGUUCUGAUGAGGACAACUGUGCUCAGCUCAAUCAGACCUUUAGCCAUCUGCUCAACAUUGACGUCAAUCAGAAGAAAGCACGCUGUACCGAGCCACCCAGGACCGGACCAUGUCGGGCCAGUCAUACUCGCUGGUACUAUGACCCGCUAAACCAGAAGUGUUACCGCUUUACCUACGGCGGAUGUGAUGGAAACGACAACAACUUUGAGCAGGAAGCUGCCUGCAGUCAGGCCUGUGAGGGAGUGACAGAGAAACACGUGUUUGCCAGAGGCAUGUUUGAGCGCUACGAGGAAGAAGAGGAGGCGGAGAGUGAAUCAGGAUCCAUAGCGUUGGCAGUGGUGUUGGCGGUCUCUAUCUUGGCUGUGGUGGCCAUCUUGGCAUACUGUUUCCUGAAGGGCAGGAAGGAGAGGGGGCACCAGCCAGUGUCCACCAGCGCCCCCCUCAAUGAGGACGCAGACACGCUUGUCUACAACAGCACCACCAAACCGGUCUGAACCACACACACUUCCUGCUUCUGGGUUUUCUGUUGAAAGCAUGAAUGAGGAAGAUUUAACUGAUCUCACACACACACACACACACAGUGAACCAAUAUCAACUACCAGAGUGAGGAUCCCUCCACUGUAAUCAGGUUGAAAUGAGAUUUAACACCAUCCUUAAUUAAAUGUUGUGUGGCACAUUCACAUAUUUCACAUUAACAGCAACACAUUCCUCGUGACUCAUGUUAGCAUAUUAGCAGGCUAGCCAGCUACUGGACAUUCACCAACUGCCAUGUUACUGGCUGACUAAUGUUAGCAUGUUAGCAUAUUAGCAAGCUAGCCAGCUACUGGGAGUUCACCAGCUGCCAUAUUACUGACUAAUGUUAGCAUGUUAGCAUAUUAGCAUGCUAGCCAGCUACUGGAGGUUCACCAGCUGCCAUAUUACUGACUAAUGUUAGCAUGUUAGCAUAUUAGCAAGCUAGCCAGCUACUGGGCGUUUAUGUUUUAUACACUUGUAAAAUUAUGUUUUAUCAGCAAGUAUUACAAAUCUGUUUUAAACAAUUAUUCUUUAGCUCUACGGAUUUUUAACUGGUUUCGAGAAAACGAGGCUUAAGCUUUAUUACUCAGAUGACAUCAGUGGGAAUAACAUUAGCAUAGUUGGUGCACUCCGGAGAUGUUCCUUUCAAAUGGUUUUAUAAGGUCAUUUCAUUUAAUGUAUUUAUGAAGAUUCUUUAUUACCAGGGUCAGGGUUCAAGGGGCUAUCUUCACUUCAAAAAGAGAACUUUACAUUUUAAAAGGGAAAUUUGGGAGAAUAUGUAAAUUAAUGUACAAUGGGCUUUUUGAGUGUGCAAGAUGUUUAUUGUAAAUAUGGUUUGCGUUAAUAUAAUUGUCAAAGGCCUUUGAUAACUGGUGUCAAUUUGAUGAAAAGUUCUUGUAAUUUUCUGUUUAUCUGUCAAUAAAGCCGUUA